GUCUUUAGCACAGUUAACAUGAAAAUACUUCUCCUUAUUUUCCUAACUUCCUUAAUACAAAACUCGAGUCAAGUAUGCCGCGUACGCCGACCCCGACCCCACAUUAUCGUGAUAAUGGGCGACGAUAUGGGACAUAACGAUAUUGGUCUUCGGACGAACCAAAUCCCGACCCCUAACAUCGACGCUUUGGGGUAUAAUGGGGUAGUUUUGGACCGGUACUACGUCCAGAAUGCUUGUACCCCAUCACGUGCCGCCUUCCUCACCGGAAACUACCCCAUCCGGUCUGCAAUGCAAGGUUUGCCCAUAGUUGCAGGCGAAAACCGCUCACUACCCCUUAAUAUGCCCCUAAUGCCCCAACAUUUGAAAAAUUUGGGGUACCGCACCCAUAUUGUCGGAAAAUGGCAUUUGGGGUCGGCGUACCGGAGUAGUACCCCAACUGAGAAGGGGUUUGAUUCGCAUUUUGGGUACUGGAACGGGUUUACGGGGUACUAUGACUAUUUUACGGAUUUUAACAGCACGGCGAUUGAAGGGUUUGAUUUACACGACCGGUUUGAGACUGAAAGGGGGUACCAAGGGCAAUAUGCCACUAGGGUUUUUACCGAAAGGGCAUUAGAUAUUAUAGAAGGGCAUAAUACCACCAGACCCCUUUUCCUACUUAUGACCCAUUUGGCGGCCCAUGCUGGGCGUGAUGGUACUGAGUUAGGGGUCCCCAAUGAGGUUGAGGCCCAAAGGACGUACUCCUACAUCCAGGACCCCCGACGAAGGCUUUACGCCGAAAUUGUAGCAGAGUUGGACCGAUCGAUCGGACAAGUUGUUAGAAAAUUAUCAGAACGUCAGAUGCUUGAAAAUUCAAUUAUUUUAUUUUUCUCGGAUAAUGGGGCCCCCACUGUGGGGCCCUACACGAAUUCAGGGUCGAAUUGGCCCCUGAGAGGGAUCAAAUUGACCAAUUUUGAAGGGGGUAUUAGGGGCACAGCCACUAUUUUUAGCCCCUUGUUGAAAAAAAGGGGUUAUGUUAAUAAGGAAUUGAUACAUGUUUCUGACUGGUUGCCCACUUUUUACGCAGCGGCAGGUGGAAACUUGGCGGACUUGGGCCCCAUUGACGGGGUCAACCAAUGGCCCACCCUCUCCCUGGACACCCCCUCCCCCCGUUCGGAGAUCCUCGUCAACAUCAACGAACAAGACAACACCACGUCCAUCAUCACCGACAACGGCCGAUUUAAACUCGUCACAGGGGCUUUCGAAGGUGGCACAUACGAUGGAUAUUUCGGGGACAGUGGGCGCAGCCCUGAUACACCCCCUUAUGACCCUUUUGCCGUUCUCCAAAGUGAGACAAACAUUGCCAUUCAGGAACUAACACAAACACCAAUCACGCGACAACAAAUUCGGGUCACAAGGGCUCAGAUCGACCUGUCUUGGUGUCGAAAUGACUCUUUCAGACCCCCAUUGAAUUGCUCACAACCGUGUCUUUUUGAUUUGGAAAAUGACCCGUGCGAGACUACUAAUAUAAUUGAGGAAAAUCCCGAAAUAGCAGAGAGGCUUUUGAGGCGAAUUGCCGACUUUUUUGAGGUUUUGGUGCCUCAAGGAGACUCCACGAUUGAUCCGAAUGCCAAUCCGCAACGUUAUAAUAACACGUGGUGCACGUGGCUCGACGAUGAUUGGUGUGUCAAAACGCCAAACAACACCAGGUUGUUUUGAGGAAAAUAAAUUUUUGUGAACAAAA